AAAGAUGGCGACUUUCACGAGCGCUUUGUCUUCUGCGAGGAGAGGUGUGUAUGCGGGACUUUCGGGAGGACGGGCGGUGUUGGGACGACACCCGCUGUACAGCACCGAUAGUCGAAACACCGCCGGUGAUGCUUCGGUGACCGAAAGCGCCGGCGCGACGGCAGAGAAGCCAAAGAGCGGCUUCGCCGCCGCCUUCGAGCUCCAUUCGGACCUGCAGCAGCAGCAAAAGCGGCAUGAUGAGGAAGAGGAGGCCGGUAGCGGCAGGAGGAGGCAGAUCCCCGACGUGCGGGUCGUCCGCUCCUUCGCCUCUCUGCUGAGACACUCUCCUCUGGUCCAAAUGGGCCCCGCCAAGGACAAGGUGGUUGUGGGGAAGAUCUUCCACAUCGUCCAGGACGACCUCUACAUUGACUUCGGCGCAAAGUUCCACUGCGUGUGCAAGCGGCCCGCCGUGGAUGGAGACAGGUACCAGCGAGGAGUCCGGGUCCGCCUGCGACUGCUCGACGUGGAGCUCACCGCCCGUUUCCUGGGCUCCAACACGGACACCACGCUGCUGGAGGCGGACGCCGUGCUGCUCGGCCUCAUGGACUCCAGAGAGGCGACGCCCAAGGAGAAGGAGAGAGAUCAGUGAAUCUGCAGAGCCCUGGCUGGAGCUCCACGGAGGACCAUGGAUGGAGCAGAAUAAGCGGCGUUGAAGGACUGCGAACCGCUGCAGGUGUCCCCUGGAGUGACUCAAGGAUGGAGGACCAUGAUCUCCACGGAGGAGCGUGGAGAACCACGCCAUUAGAGGACAAUGAGCCACAAAUAAAAAGAAAAAUAUGUACUGCGCUUGUACUUUUUGUGGCUCGGAUGUACGAGUAAAUUAACUGACAUUAAAAGUGGUUUGGGUGUGGUUUUGACAUUUUUAUUUUGACUGUUUGACAUUUCCUACAUUCAGAAGCAGACAGUCUUUGCUCAUUGAAUGGUAUAUUCUAUUUGUUAAACUCUGACAGGUGAUCUGAUGAAAAGCAUGCUUAAUACAUUGAGGUCAACAGUGAGUCACAUUUUAAUGUAUGGUUAAUACUCAGCUCCUAAAGUAAGGUACAAAGUCAGUUAUUCAAGCCUUGAUAGAAUAUUUUCAGUCCUAUUUGAAAAUGCUGGAAACUAAUUGGGUUUUCCUCUUAUAUAAUGAUCCAAUAUGACAAUUUAACAUAUACUAUUUGUCAGUGCAGGUACAUUAGAUGUAUGUGAUGCAAACUAGCAUUGUUAUACUCUAAACAUUCAUUACAUUAAAGGUUUUGAGAAAAGUUAUACUUAGCUCAGUGGAAAGGAGGAAAUGCAAAGUUGUAAACUGUUACUCUAUAAAGCAAAUUAUACUAAAAAAUUAGUGUGUUCUAGAAUGUGAGGGAAAAAAUCAAUUAUUCUGGUUUAUUUGCCAAUUCUUAGUUCUUCCAUAGUUUAUAGUUUUCACUUUCAUUGUAUUUCAUUUUUUUAGUUAUCUGAAAUGAAAGUAACAGUUCCACCCUCAUUAUAAUUAAAAGCAAACGUCCAGCAGGAAGAUGAUUUUGCUGUGUUUCCUGCUGGUCUGAAAAGUAAUCGACAUAUGUGAAGUAUUUGUAAUGUAGUCAUAUAACAGUUUAUCUUCCACAUUACUGAUUCGUUACCUUCAACUGAGCUUGACACUCCAAUUUUAACAGAAAAGAGACGCUCUUCUUCAUACAAAUAAGAUAACCGUAUGCUAUGCUGCUAAAUACAUAAACACAUUAAAACAAGGUUAAAAAAAA